AUACUGUCAAUGCCAAAUAUAAACAAAUAAGAUCCCAUAGCAGAAGGGAUUAUAAACUGAUACUCUUUCGAGCCCGAUCUAAGGAACCCGGAUCAAUUUCAAGUGCUGUUAGCCGAUUAGCAUAGCCGUCGUCCCGCUACAACUUGUUCUUGCCCCUUCUAGUCCGCCGUAUCGAAGAAGUUCAAGUCGACAAAUGUUCGAGGCCAAUACUUCACUGAGGAGCGAUAGUUGUCCUUCCAAAGCACCCGGAACGCGUCUUGCCGAGGAAGUAAGCUGGAGAUAAUCUUGCUCGCUUAUCAGACAACCAGCAAAAAGUUUGAUUUGGAAAAGAAAAGAAAGUAAGAACAGCGUAAUCUUCCGCGUUGUUAAUCAUUCACAAAACUCGCACAAAAGCUUGUUAUGUAAGACAGUUCGAAUACGAUCGUUCGCUUUGAUCUGUUUGUGUCGAGAUGGAUUCGAUUGCCGUUGCACUGCAACCGUACAAGGAUACGGUCGGAUUGACGGCGGCCAUCGUAACGGUGAUACAGUUCUUCAGUGGAGUGUUGGCCUUGAACGAAAUUCGACGCCAAGGCAACACGAAGGGCUUUUCCGUGUUGCCUUUCCUUGGCUGCACCGUUUUCUGUUUGCUAAACAUACAAUUUGGUCAGAUGCUGCGGGACGACGGUAUGAUCCGGGUGAACUUUAUCGGGCUGGCAUUAAACUUGCUGUACGUGUGUGGGUUCUAUCUGUACACGGACGGGCCACACAAGACGGCCGUUUGGGGACAAAUAGGGUUGGCCGGUGCGUUUACCGUUGGCGUGCUUUCAUACGUACAAUACGAAGAUCCGAAGCUGGUCGAGUUCCGGUUCGGUAUGAUUUUGACUGGAUUGCUGUGGACUUUGGUCGGUAUGCCGCUGCUCGGUUUGAGUGACAUUCUGAAGAAAAAAAGCACCGAAGGUCUUCCAUUCCCGAUCAUCUUUCUCGGUGCGAUUGUUUCCUUCUGCUGGCUACUGUACGGCAUUAUUCUGCGCAGCAAUUUCCUAGUGGUACAAAAUCUGAUGGCGCUCGCACUGAGUGCAGUUCAGCUUUCGCUGUUCAUUAUCUUCCCGUCGGGUGCGGCCAAACCUCCACCGAGUCCGGCCAAAAAGCGCAACUAAACCUGACCAAGCUAAGCGGUAGCUGAUAGGAUGAGAAUAAUUCCAAUGCUCAAAUGAUACGUGAUGUGGUUGGUACAAAAAUAACUCGAUGACAAUAACCGUUGAAGAGCGGAAACUUCAUCUAAAAUCGAAAUUUAAUGACAAUAAGCUUCGAAUAAUGUUUAGGAGAAUGUUUAUACACACAAAUGAUAGCAAUAGUUGUUUAAUUGAAAUGAUGUUAUUUAUUCCUUUCAAUUAAAGCGCAAGCAGCAGUUCCAUAAUUCUUGAUGCUAUUUUGAAACAAAAUAAAAGUUUAAAUCUUCAAAAUUUAUAUAAACUGUAAGAACAA